UUACAAAGGUCCAUUGUUAGAUGAUGGAGCGCUGGCCCAGGCGGUCUCUCGUGGAGCCAGUUCCCCUGAAUUCACCAAACUCUGUGCUUGGUUGGUAUCUGAGUUACGGCUGUUCUGUAAACUAGAGGAAAACGUGCAGGCAACUAACAGUCCAAAUGAAGCAGAAGAAUUUCAGCUCGAAAUGAGCGGGUUGCUGGCUGAAAUGAACUGCCCGUACGCAUCAUUAACAUCGGGAGAUGUGACAAAACGCCUUCAUAAUCGAAAGAACUGUCUCUUGCUGCUUACAUACCUCAUCUCAGAACUGGAAGCUGCCAGAAUGCUGUGUGUGAAUGCCCCUCCUAAAAAAGCACAGGAAGGAGGUGGCAGUGAAGUCUUUCAGGAGCUAAAAGGCAUAUGUAUUGCUUUAGGCAUGUCCAAGCCUCCAGCCAACAUAACGAUGUUCCAGUUCUUCAGUGGAAUUGAAAAAAAACUGAAGGAAACCCUAGCAAAGGUUCCACCUAAUCAUGUUGGCAAACCUUUAUUGAAGAAACAACUGGGACCAGCUCACUGGGAAAAAAUUGAAGCAAUGAAUCAAGCCAUAGUCAACGAAUACGAAGUCCGAAGAAAACUGUUAGUCAAGCGUUUGGAUGUUACUGUGCAGUCCUUUGGCUGGUCAGACAGAGCUAAGAGUCAAACAGAAAAACUGGCUAAGGUUUACCAGCCAAAACGUGCCCUCUUAUCUACUAAGUGCACUAUUUCCGUUGCAAAUCUAUUAGCAGCUCGGCAGGAUCUGUCAAAGAUCGUGAGAACAAGCAGUGGAUCCAUCCGAGAGAAGACUGCCUGUGCCAUUAAUAAGGUGCUAAUGGGCAGAGUGCCCGACAGAGGAGGAAGGCCCAACGAAAUCGAACCGCCGCCUCCUGAGAUGCCGCCGUGGCAGAAGAGACCGGAGGGGGGUCCGCAACAAGGCGGCGGCAGGGGAGGAAGAGGUGGCUACGAAUCUUCGUACGGAGGGCGAGGAGGUUAUGACCACGGGGGUCACGACCGAGGAGGAAGGGGAGGCUACGACUCGUCGUACGGCGGGCGAGGAGGUCAUGACCAAGGCAGCCACGAUCGAGGGGGCCGAGGAGGACGUGGUGGUUAUGAUCAUGGCAGCAGAGGAGGCGGAAGAGGAAACAAGCUUCAAGGAGGUUGGACAGACGGUGGAGGUGGUGGCUACCAGGAUGGCAGCUACAGGGAGAACAACUACAGAGAUGCAGGUUUUCAAACGGGUGGCUACCACGGCGGUGGCGGCGGCUACCAAGGCGGCUACGAGUCGUCUUCAUAGUCGGGAAGUGGCUACCAAGGGGGGGGUGGCGGCGGCUACCAGCAAGAUAACAGAUACCAAGAUGGUGGGUCCCACAGUGACCGAGGGGGUGGGCGCGGAGGAGGGAGAGGUGGCCGUGGCGGUCGUGGUGGCCGUGGAGGCCAAGGAGGAGGCUGGGGGGGCAGAGGUGGACAGAACUUUAAUCAAGGGGGGCAGUUUGAGCAGCACUUCCAGCAUGGAGGUUACCAGUAUAAUCAGUCUGGCUUUGGACAAGGAAGACACUUCACGAGCUGAGGCUGCUAAAACCUUUUGCUUCAGCAGAGCUCACGUAAUAGAAACCUGGUUUCGGA